AUGCAGCGAGCACGGAGUAUCGAGUUCAUUCGCGAGAGCCUGACGAAGCGCAACCGACGACGCAGCUUCAAGAACCUCUUUCAGCUUCCGCUCUCCGCCCGAUCGUCCACCUAUGGCCCGGCGACGACGACAGCAGCGGUGGGCUCGAUACCGGCCGACAUAGUGAGGGAGAUUGUCGAUCUGCUAUCACCGGCGGAUGUGCUGAGCUUCAGCUUGACGUCGUCGCACUUGCGAGCUCUGCUCAUGCCGGCGCUCUACGACACGGUCACCCUCAAGUCGAGCAGGAACUGCAGAGUCACGUUGAACAUGCUCCGCGAGAGGAGGGAUAUCUGCAGGUACAUCAAGAAGCUCGCGGUUCGCCCAAACUACUACCUCGCAUGGCCCAAGCCGGACGAGUACUUGCACGAAGACUGGGUCGUCGACAUGAUCGAGGAGUUCUCGAAAGAUUUGAUGACGAUGCACACGUUCGAUUGGGACGGGUUGGAGCUACCACGAGACUCAAUAUGGAGCACCCUUCGCGCAAAUUGUCCCCAGCUGAAGAGUGUCUUUUCGAACGUCGGAACGCUGUCACUCAACUCUAAUAGCAGCCUCUUCUCGUUCUCCGACUUGACAAGCUUCUCGCUCAUAGUUCGCCACGGGCUCGGCGGGAAUGAGCUCUUCCCGGCCCUCGAGCCCAUGCCUGAUCGUUUCUGGGAGAUGAUCAUCAACCGGUGUCCUGAUCUCCAAGAACUCGCGAUCUGCAGCUUCUCGUCGUCCGCACGCGUGUUCGACUUUGAGCGAAUCACUGAAGGCACCUGGCCUCGCCUGCACACACUGACGCUCGGUUCAUUUGGAUACCAGUCCGACUUUACCCUCGGUCCUCCUCGACUCCUUGGACCUGCCACAGAGCGCUCGCUGGGCACAUUCCUCGAUCGGCAUACCGAGCUCAAAUAUAUCCGCUUUCUGUGGAACUUCAAGCGCUGGAUGUCUCCGGAUUCCAUUUCAAUGCACCUCUCGCCUUCCUCUCUGCCAGCUUUAGACACAUUUAUCGGCGUUUACCAACAACUCGCCGAACUUCCUAAUCCACAAGCCCUCGAGACUCUAGACCUUACUUGCGAGCCCGUCUACGAAAGCCGGCUAGACACUGUUUGCCCCAUUCUCAAAAGCCUUAUCAACCUCACGAGCCUCGAUAUCUGGACGCACGUCUUCGACCCCAGUCGCGACCACACUCGUUUCUUUAAUUCAAUCCUCGCAGCAUGUCCGAAGCUUACUGACUUUCAUUUCAUGUGUACAACGUCCUUCACGCUUAAACCUUUAAAGCAGCUCAUAACACAACUGCAUCUCCUUCCUCACCUCAAACGCUUCUCGCUAACAAAAGGGCACAAAUACAUUGACGAGAACAUGCUCUCGACCGCCCUCCGCGUCCUCAAGUACAACCCGUCUCUGAAGCAGAUCAGCAUCCGUUGGGCUCGCGAACGUUGCCCAAACCACCUUAAACAGGAGGGAUCGUAUGACAUCAUCAGUGAUGACGAAGGGCAGCCCGAGGCUCUGAUGGUCGUCGAGAGAGGCAUACCCAUCGUGGGCUCGCCAUUCCUCAGACGGUACAGACACAGACUAGAGGGUGGCAACGGGAGGUUCAGGAGGAACGUGCCGACCAUGAGCACCCCUCCUCCACCCAUCCAGGAUCUCGAGAAGUAUUGA